UCCGUGUUAUUUGGUUUGACACGCAAGUUUUUCCAGUUUUAUAAUGUUUGUGCCGAAAUCACAUGGUAAUAGCCAUUGACAAUUAUGUGGUCGAUUUUCUCCAGAGAUCCAGCGAAGGAUUUUGCCUAUAUUUUAGGUGAAAAGAUAACUGGUCUCGAAGAUAAGUCGGUUUGGACUCUUCAUCAAGGCAAGAAAAAGGCCACUGGAGAACCUGUAUCCAUCUUUGCAUUUGAUGUCAAAGGAAACAGUGAAACACAGGCAGCUCUUGCUCGGUCAUCAUUCAAAAGAAUAAAAACUUUGAGACAUCCAAAUAUUUUGACAUUUUUGGAUGGGAUAGAGACAGACAAGGUGAUAUACAUAGCUACAGAGCCUGUGACUCCACUAGAGGUUUAUCUACAAAACAAUACAGCAGAACAAACUCAAAACCAGCUCUCUAUAUCCUGGGGAAUACAUAAAGUCACGAAAGGGCUAGCUUUUUUGGUGAAUGACUGUGGACUGAUUCACAACAAUGUGUGUAUGUCCUCCAUCUACGUUGACCAAGCGGGAGAGUGGAAACUGGGAGGUGUGGACUACAUGUAUCCCGCAACGGGAGCGGAAAAUAUCCCGCCCGUGAAAAUUCUGCCAUACCUUGAGAGAUAUGAUCCUCCAGAAAAGUCAGAGCUCCGGCGGGGAAUUCGGGGAGAUAAAUGGUCAUCUGACAUGUGGGGUCUGGGAUGUCUGAUCUGGGAAGUGUUCAAUGGACCUCUUCCUAGAGCCAAUGCCUUAAAAGCAUUUGGGAAGAUUCCCAAGAACUUUGUACCAAACUAUUGUGAGCUGGUCAGUGCUAAUCCAAACUCGCGCCCUAAUCCUGCCAAGUUUAUUGAAGACUGCUCAAGGAAGGGAGGCUUCCUCAAUAAUCCCUUUGUUAAAACCAUGUUGUUCCUGGAAGAAAUACAGAUCAAAGACCAGGGGGAGAAGUCCAAGUUUUUCAGCAAGCUAACAGAUGCCCUGGACUCUUUCCCCAAACAGCUGAGUCGUCACAAGGUGUUGCCCCAGCUGCUACAUGCAUAUGAGUUUGGGAACUGUGGAUCCAUGGUGCUCGCUCCGCUGUUUAAGGUUGGACAACUGCUGGACAAUGAUGAGUACCAAGCCAAGAUUGUACCAUGUGUGGUGAAACUGUUUACCUCAUCAGACAGAAACACUCGUGUCAGACUCUUACAGCAGAUUGAACUGUUUGUGGAGCACCUUCAGGCCCAGACAGUGAAUGACAAGAUCUUCCCGAACAUCGUCAGUGGCUUCAUGGACACAAACCCUGUCGUGAGGGAAAGCACAAUCAAGGCCAUGAUGCACCUGGCACCCAAGCUGAACUACAAAAACUUGAAUGAGGAACUGAUGAAACACUUUGCCCGCCUUCAGGCCAAGGACGAUCAGGGUGGAAUAAGAACCAACACCACAGUUUGUCUGGGAAAGAUAGCCUCAUACCUCAAUCCACAGAUGCGACAGCGUAUUUUGUGUUCAGCUUUCCUGCGGGGCAUAAAGGACCCUUUCCCACCAGCACGACAGGCGGGUGUCAUCGGAAUAGGCGCCACCCAACAUUUGUUCACAAUGGCUGAUGUUGCCCAGAAACUCAUGCCUCCACUAUGUCACAUGACCAUGGACCCUGAGAAAAUGGUCCGAGACACGGCAUUCAAGACACUGAAAAGUUUCCUGGACAGACUAGAGAAGUUGUCAGAAGAUCCGGAUAUGUUACCAGAAUUAGAGAAGGAUGUUAUGUCUGGAGGGGUGCCAAACAACUCAGCUGCUGGUUGGGCGGGCUGGGCAAUAGGAGGCGUGUCUACUCUUACAUCCAAAGUUUACAGCAAGGCUACCAAGAAACCUACUAAUGCUGGUCCUACCCUAAAAGGCAAGGCAAGCCCAGAUGCGCCAGGGGUACCCUCCCCUACCUCGCAGACCCCUACUUCCACAUCCCCGAGCCAGCCCGAGGUACAGGAUUCAGAGGAGAAUGAGGGGGAGGGGCAGCAGGCUGAUGCAGGCUGGGAUGAUGAUGAUGGUGACUGGGGAGAUAUUGAUACUCCAGCCACAAGUGCCCCUACAGUCAAGAGGUCCGAGCCAAGUCACCAGCAGGCCCCACCCCCUGAUGAUGGCUGGGGGGCAGAUGAUGAUGAUGAUGAUUGGGGUGACAUUGAUGUCACGCCCGCUGAAGUGCCAAGGAAAAGUGAUAAAACUUACAAUAAUACAAACCCUGAUUCACAUGGAAUAUCUAAGUCAAACUCUAGUGUAAGUGAUUCAUCGGCAAGAACUAAACAGAGUAACCAAAGUGACUGGGGCUGGGGUGACACUGAUAUGUCAGAGUUUGAGAGUGCCUCUAAAGUUCCGAGCAAGCCAGUAAAAGGAGCCCUAAAGCUAGGCAGCCAGAAAAAGCAGGCCCCGGCUCAGGACUUUGGAUGGAUUGAGGAGGAGUUCGCUCCCAUAGAGGACAAGUCAGUCAAGCCAGCUAGCUCGUAUAACUGGGGUGAGACAGAAACUUUAGGCGGUUCUGAUUUCUUCACCAUGAAGGACUCUGGCUCUAAGAACAAACAAAAGAAAUCCUCUUCUACAACAUCAUCAGGCAGCAAUUCAUUACGGUCUUCGAAAGAAAACACACCUGUUGUAGACCAGUCUAUACCGGCUGCAAAUAAACAGUCCGAAAUGAAAAACCAAAACCAGUCUGUGUUUGGAAACCAAUCUGGAAUGGGAAACCAGUCUGAAUUGGGGAACACAGAGGGUGAUUCUGGCUGGGGAUCCACAGGGGGAUGGGAGGAUGACAGCUGGGGGGCUCUCACAGAGUCUAAAGAAUCGGAGGCGGAUAGAAAGAAGCGUGAGAGAGAAGAGAAGCGACAACAGCGGCAACGAGAGCUCGCAGAGAAAAGACAGGCCAAAAAGGCUGGUGCAAUGAAACUAGGGUCUAAACUGACCAAUGACUGAUAACAGCCUGUGAUAUAUAAUUGAAAUUAUCUCCUUACUGUUGGCGUAUUAUAUUGACGAUAUUUGUCAAGCUUUAUUUGGUAUGAUAGAUACAGGUACUGAAUGUUUCAGUUGACAUGGCUGGAUUCAUAUGCGUACUAGCCAACCAGUGUAUAGCCUUAUAUGAUAGGUCAGUGUUUUUCAUUCGAUUGGCAAUCAACCAAUAGAUAACUGGUUUGCAGUUACCAUAGGAAUUGUUACAUAACCCGCUAGCCUGUCUGUACAAACAUGUAUUGUGUUUUGUGCUAGAUUUUGCUGUGCAAUAUUUAGUAUAAUGAAUACUGUAUUUUGUGCUAGAUUUUGACAUGCAAUUUUGGUAUGAUGUGAUCUGUGUUUUAUGCUUUAUGAUUAUGGUUAUAGAAAAGGACUAAUGAGUUUGGUUUUUAAUGGCAUUUAUUAUGCCAUGAUUAGUGCUCUACAAUAGAAAUGCAAUUCACAUACUGUGUUUUUGUUUUGAUCAAAUAAAUAUCCACAUGUACGGUCAGCCAUGGACAAAAAUUAAUAUGUGUUCAUUAAAGGCAAAUUUGUAUUCAUUGCAUUUUGAAAUACACAAUUUUUUGGUUCAGGUUCAUUCUUCACUCACAUGAAGAUAUGUUAUACAUAAUAAGUGAUAAGUGAUGUAUGUUGAGUUCAUUUAACCAUAAGGACAUUGUUAAUUAUGGCUAUGGUUCUAGCUGAUAAAAUAUUUUUUAUGAAAUGUCAGUAUCAUUCUAGCUAAUAAAACAUUUUUAUAUGAAAAAUCACUUUCAAUCCAUUUGAUAAAAGAUGAUUUAUAUGGAAAAAAACAACAACCUGGUAUGAUGGGUAGUUGUAAUGAAAGUUGUAAUACAUCUUGCUGAGUCAUUGAAGGAAAUAUGAAUUCAUUGAUAAAUGGCAAGCAAGCAUAUUAUAUAUUACAUGUAAUUGUGCUUAAAGAAAUGUGCAGGCAGGACAAAAUGUAUUAUUAUGUGCAAGGUUUAUGCUUUUGUGCUGGAAAUCACUGGAAGCCUUCCCUUUACAUUCUCAUUCAUCAGAGGUUUGAUAGUGAUAAAUCUAGUGGUGCGCAUAGCAUCAUGGCUCUGGUGAGUGGGAAUGUUCCUUUAAAGAGAAAUCAUUUUUUAACUGUAUGAAAAUAUUAUUGGUUUAGGUCAAUAAGAUUGUAUCGUUUUUGAAAUUAUUUGCAAAUAUUUUGAUCAGCUAGAGUACUAAAGAAUGCUAUAGAUACCAUUGUUACUGCUGAAAGGUUUCAAUUUGAUUUUAACAAAAAUAAGUGCUAGUCAGUUUUUACUCAUUUUGGUGUUAAAGGGACUCGGGUCAUGUUUUAUAGGGUCAGACCUUUAAUAAAAUUGUUUGAAAUGUGAAAAAUGCUUCUUCCAAUGUUUAAACAUAAAAAGUUCAAAUAAAAAUUAUUGUUAAUAUGACAAAAUAUGCUCCAUUUCUCAUCUUGGUGAUGAUAAUGAAAUUGAAUUAUUUUAGGUUUGAAUUUAUUUUUAUGAUCUUUACUGGAUUUUAACUACAGGGAUAUGAACUUAUUUUGAUGAUAUUUGAGAUUAACAAGGUUGUAAGAGGAAAUAAAGUAUUGUGAAACAGC